CAUAUGCUAAUCACUACGUAUUGUGUUUUAUUCUGUAAGAAAAAACAAAAGGUGUAAAAUGGAAAUUAAUAUCAGUAUAGAACUCUUUACAAUGCUUUAUGUCAUACAUGCAGUAUUUAUUUUUUUGUGGUUACUAAUUUUUGGUGAUUUCAAGAAUUUCAAAGGCAGUCGUUCAGCAUAUUCGUCUUAUACAGCUUUAGAUCCAAUCAAUUGUUAUCAAAAUUUCCAAAAGAAAGUUGAUUGAAGUAAUUUAAUUCCUUGUCACUGGUAUUAAUAAAAUUUUUUAUAUAAAUAUUUCAAUUGAUAAAUGCAUUUGUAUGUAUUAAUGCAAAUUAUUGCUCGUGUCAUAAAUAAUUGUUAAUAAUAUGAGUCAUUAAAAUAAUACAUAUGUUUACAUAAAUAAUUAAAGAUUGACAACUUUUAGUUUUUUUAAUAUUCAAAUUUAUACUUUUUGUAAAACCCUUACAAUGAAAUUAGUUUUCGGUUUUAUUAAAACAUACAAAGAGAGAAACUAAUUUUUAAUAAAUAAAGUUUAACAAAAUUCGAGAACAGUUUAAAGUGAGAUUCAUACUACUGUUAAUUUUUUAUUAUCUUAAUACAGUAUUUUCAGAGAUUCAAUAAAAUUCGAGGUGUACUCGUGAAUGUGAGUCCAUCAAAGAAAUCGUAA